ACUGCUUGUGCAGCAAUUUGUUUUCUGUCUAAGAUCACUGUCGGCACGCAAGCAGCAUGAACCUCUCCAUUAGCCUAUCGUCCGAAGCCUCGGCCCCUGAGGAGAAUGGCGCAAGGACCACCGUAGCCUGUGUAAUCCUGGGCUUGUCCUUCCUGGUGGGGGCUCCGGGGAACCUGCUGGUCAUCUGGACCAUUGUGAGGCACGUCAAGCAGCGCUCCCACACCGUGGUGCUCAUCCUCCAUCUGGCUGUUGCUGACCUGCUGGUGCUCAUCACCCUGCCCCUGUGGAUAUACUCCCUGGCUUGCUCCUGGGUCUUUGGGCAGGCCUCUUGUAAGGCCAUGGUCUACGUUAUCAACGCCUGCAUGUACAGCAGCGUGUUCCUCAUCACCCUCAUGAGUGUGGAGCGUUUUGCAGCCAUUCGAUACCCGAUCGCAUCUGCUGUUUGGAGAAGAAAAGAGGCACUGGAUAAGUUCCUGUUGGUCAUCUGGGCGGCUGCCUUCUUGUUAAGUAUACCCGUCAUACUCACCCAGGUGCUGGACGGGGACUCUGGGGAAGAGCAGUGCCUAUACAGGGAGUACACCUCUGGUGGUCAGGAGGCUGUGUUUCUGCUGCUGGAGACCCUGGUGGGUUACAUGAUGCCUCUCUGCAUACUGGUGAUCUGCUACAGCUGCCUCUGCAGCCGCAUCGCCCAGAUGACCUUCAAGUCGAAGCGGAAGUCCACGUGUCUCAUUGCCAGCGUGGUGGUGGUGUUCACUCUCUGCUGGACCCCCCAUCACGUGGUGAACAUUCUCUCGCUCAUUUACCUGGUUGUCAAGGACCCCCACCCUGAGGUGGCAGAGCGCCUGGAGGGAGCCUCGGAGACCAUGACCUUCAUCGCUGGAGCCCUGGUCUUCAUCAGCAGCACGGUCAACCCGAUGCUGUACGUUUUUGUGGCACGCUCGUUCCGUGGCUCGCUAAGGGAGACAGGUAUCCAGAAGCUGUUCCGACACAUUUCCAGCACAUCUCCAGGUGAGAUGACUAAAGAGCUGUCCUACAUGAGUAAGAGGCAGCUGGGCUCUCACACCAACAGCUCCCAAAUCGAAAUACAGCCAAAGGAGCAAAUGAAUUCCUCUCUAAAUAUUCAAGAAAAGGGUUCAUCCUGAGAUUGAGAAAAAACUUUUUUUAUGUUUCCUUUUUCAGUUUCAUGUUUGGGUUAAGGUGUGUAGUAUGUCAAAUAAAUAAUUUAGUUAUUUUUCUAACAUUUUUGUUUGUGUUACUAUGUGUCUUUGUUAGCAUGAUCUUGGUAAACAUGCAUGUUUUCUGAAAGCAGUUAAAGUUUUGGUAACUGUGUGUUGUACUUAAGUGUAAGUAUCUCUUUUUCAUUUUAACAAGUGUUGUUUUUUCAAGUGUUGUUUUAAAUGUUAAUUUACAGUAUCUCUAUGUCUAAUAUUUUUGGUCAAAAUAAAAUCCUGUUUGUAGAUUUGUGAGUAGUUUGGUCAAUUUACAUUUUGUGAUUAUAAUUUACAUUUUAGUUAAGUGUACAGCAUCUGUUUUCUAGUGGUUUUUCUUGAGCCUCUAUUUCUGAACUCCUCCUGGUUUAAUAUAUUAUUCCAAGCACAGCUUGGAUUCAUGGAGCUACAAAUAUGUAUUUCUAAAACGUAAAUAUUAAUGUCAAGUUUCUUACAUUUAUAACUCAACAGGUAAAAGUUAGAUUCCCCUGUAUAGCCACAAUUUUGCGACAGAGUCAGUCAUGGUUUCAACUUCCUCAAACUGUCUGUAGCAUACAUAUUGCAACAUCAAAAGCUGCUUGUGUUCCCUUUAACUCAUUAAAAGGGGAAUUGUGUACUAAC